AUGGACGACUACGUUCGUCCUCCAAGAGGCUACGCUUCUGCUUCCCCUCCUUCGUUGCAGAACGAAUACUCUACUGUACAACGGCUUCCCUCCAUUCCGGCAGCUUUAAGACCCUUCUCCCCGGUGUCUCCUGUCCGUCGAAAGCCUCUCCCUUCGAACGCCUCACCCAUCAUCCAGUCACCCCAGUCUCCUGAAACCGCACCACGGUUACAGCACGGGAGCUCGCCGUCUGUUGAGAAUCCUUCAAGGGGGGUUGCGCAAGUCAUUGACGGGGUGGGCAGCGCGUAUGAUACCUCGUUAUGCAACGUGUAUGUACACUCGGCUAAUCCCAGUAGCACAUCGAAGACAAGUGUCCAGAGAGAGACAGAUGAAAACGGAUUGACGCGACUAACGACGAACGGCUCCCUUUCCUCCAUCGACGGUCGCGCAGGCUUUCCUUCAAACAGCCAUAAGGCACAACAACUGAAUGGCCUACCCGUAACAAACGCGUCUUUAGAGGAGGAUAUGGCUCCGAAACCAGGCACGAGGCCGCCGCCUCUACGGACGAACACAAACACCUCAACAAGGUCAUUGACCGUCGUUGACUCCAAGAAACCUCACACGCCUGGAAGCAAAUUUACUUCGUUUUUCAGUCGCAAGCCCGCUGCAUCACCUAGUACAGAAUCCUCAGCAACAGAUUUCUCAGAUCGCAAAUCACCCCUUCCGUCGCCAUAUGUCGGAUCUCCACAUGCUUCCGCACAUUCAUCGCCUGGGUUUCCCUUUGGGGUGUCGGCAGCCCGGGCCUCUCAAUCUCAGCCAUCCCAAGAUUCUAUCGAGUUCGACGCCAGCACAUACAUGCAGACCACACCCCAUGGCGACGCUGCGAGCAAAUGUCUGCAGCUCGAAGCUGAGUUGCGCGAGAUCAGCACAGAACUGGCGGCCUCGAUCAGACGUGAGAUGGACUUGGAAGACCUCGUGGACCGACUACAGACUGAAGGUCCUCCAGCCAUCAGAGAGGUUGAUCGAACUAGUGAUUACUUCUCGGAUUCAGGCGCGAGUUCCAUAAGACCCUCGACCAGCGAGGAAAACCCUAAGGAGGAGAUACAAAGGAUAAAACGUGAGUCCGAGCAACAAAGGGCGCAGCUGAAGGUAGAAAUGUCUCAAAAAUGGCAAAGCGAGAGAUCCAGUAGGCAAGCACUGGAAUCUCACGUUCACCUACUGGAACAGAAACUUUCACAAACACGUCGCGAGCACAAUCAAUCCGCCGAUGUCACUGCAAGAGCGAAAGAGUUGGAGAUGGCGCUAGAUGAUGCGAAAAGGAGACUCGUCGAGGAGAGACAAACGAAAGAGAAUUUCGAAGACCUCUUGACGGCGCUCCGAGUCGACCUUGAACAGCACCGGAAUGAACGUGACAACCUGCGAGAUGAGGUUCUGCCUCAACUACGGUCCCAAAUUGAAGGUCUCGAAUCUAACUUAUCUGACUCACAAAAGUCGCCGUAUGACUUUACGCGCUUGCAGCAAGAACUUCAAAGCCUUAAGGAUGAAAACGCAGCACUGCAAAGUGCGAGGGCCAUGAACAUGCAAUUUCAAUCUAUCGCCGAGGACGGGGAAAUAGUCCAGUCGCCGACAAAGACGUCAUUUUUCGGAGGUCGAAGUACUGGCCUCCAAAGGUCCAACACUGUUAUGAGCAGAUCAAAUACGCGGCCAGCGAACCGUGCAAAUUCUCUGUCCAGAUCAAACUCCAGCACAAGCCCAGAAAAUCAACUACCACUCGCCGACCAGCUAAAGGACGUGACGGACCAAAGGAACGCCCUGCAUACCACUGUUAGGUAUCUUCUACGGAGGCAAGAAGCCCAGCGUCGACAGUACGAGAAGCGUCUCAAGCUAGCUGAGACUGAGUGGGAUCGCGCCAGUUUCGUCCAGAGUUCGAGAAAGGGUAGCUACGAACGUGAAGUACGGACAUUAAGGUCUGAGAUCAACCUUCUGCGGAAAAGAGCAGAUGACGCCCUCGAGCAGAAGUGGCAGUGCGAGAAAGGCCUGGCUGGUUUGAAGAUGGAUCUUGACCGGAGUAAGCAAGAAACGGCUAGCCUGCAAACCUUGCUGCAGGUUCGCGAUGAAACUGCACCGGAGGUCCUUUCGUCCACCCUCGAACAGGCAUUGCGUCGUUUGCAACAGGAACGGGAUCAGGCACGGCAACAAGAAUCAGUCGGCUCAUUGAAGCAUGAGCAAGACUUUGCUGCAGAGCUUGAACUGUCCGCCGAAAGAUCUGAAACGUUGGCAAUACAAGUCAGGAAACAAAUGCAAGCCAACUCUGAAUUGAGGGAUCGACUCAAACAGGCCAUUCAGAACGGCCAGAGCAAUCAGCAAGCCUCCGCCGAGCAGAUCAACGAAUUGCAAGAUAGAUUACGAAAUCUCGAGGACGUUAUCACCGUGGCACAAAUGCAGUCAGAGACGGCUGUAAUGAAGCAUGAAGAUGAGGUCCGCGUCCUUCGGGCUAGUCAUAACAGUCAACUCAUGCGCACAAGAUCCGGGAGGAAGACCCCUGGAGGACUUGGGCUCUUCACAUCGACCCCGAGAUCUCCCAUGUCGCCCAUGUUUGUGAACUCUACAAAGAGCCCGAGACUGGACCAAACCAGCAGUGGGCCGGGCAUGCCGCUCCAAGAAGCACUGAAGACUGAAUACCUCGAGGUCAAGGUCGCAGAUCUAGAGAAGGCUCUGUCUGAAGCGGAGAAAGAGAUGCAAGAAGUCGUUGGGCGGAUGAAUACGGCUCAGAUGGGCGUGGCUGAGCUGGAAUCAGAGAGAGACGAAGCCCUCCGACAAACUCGAAGACUCGAAGCCGCUAUUACGGCUGAGCGCGAGAAAGUGCAGGCGCUCCUGGAAAACACGUACGACUAUGGCUCGGACUACUAG